AUGGGUUCCUACGGAGGCUAUGGCGGAGGAGGAGGCGGCGGCGGAAGCUAUGGAGGCCGCAGCGGUGGCGGAGGCGGCUAUGGCGGCGGCGGACGCGGUGGUGACCGCGGCUAUGGAGGUGGUGGUGGCGGAUAUGGUGGCGGCCGUGACGGUGGAUUCGGUGGUGGCGGACGUAGCAACGGCUCAGCUGGUGGCAAGCUUCGCGAAGUUGACUGGAGCCGUGAAAAUCUGAAGCCGAUUCAGAAGAACUUCUACCACGAGCAUGCAUCGGUUGCUCGCCGCGAACAGUUUGAAAUUGACCAAUGGAUUGCCCAAAACCAAGUCACACUACAUGGACGCGACAUCCCUCGGCCAAUCUUCGAGUUCAAUGAAGCCCCGUUCCCUGAUGAGCUAGUCACCCUGCUUUACGGCUCCUUUCAAAAGCCCACCGUCAUCCAAUCGAUCUCGUGGCCUAUCGCCAUGAGUGGACGAGACAUCAUUUCCAUCGCCAAAACUGGAUCCGGAAAGACUGUGGCGUUUAUGUUACCUGGCAUCGUACACACGAUCAAUCAAGGACCUCGUCAACACCGCGAAGGACCAUCAAUUCUCGUGAUGCUGCCGACUCGUGAAUUGGCGCAGCAAGUCCAAGAAGUCUCCAAGGAUUUCUGUCACGCGCUCGGUCUCAAGAUGACAUGCCUCUUCGGAGGUGCUUCUAAGGGACCUCAGGCCCGUGAUCUCGAAAGAGGUGUGGACAUCGUUGUCGCCACCCCUGGACGUCUUCUCGAUUUCCUGGAGAACGGAACGACGAACCUUCGGCGUUGCUCUUUCUUGGUGCUCGACGAAGCUGACCGCAUGUUGGACAUGGGCUUUGAGCCGCAAAUUCGCAAAAUCGUCUCGCAGAUUCGCCCGGAUCGUCAGACGUUGAUGUUCUCCGCCACAUGGCCAAACGAAGUUCGCACCAUGGCUGCCGAUUUCCAACAAGAUGCUGCCUAUUUGAACGUUGGCUCGCUGGAGCUCUCCGCUAACCACAACAUCACACAAAUCAUCGAGAUCGUUCCUGAAUUCGAGAAACAGCACAAGCUAAUGUCUUUGCUCAACACUGUCAUGAACCAGCCCGAAUGCAAAACCAUCAUUUUCGUCGAGACGAAGCGGAAAGCCGACGACAUCACACGAUUCAUGCGUCGUGAUGGGUGGCCGGCUCUUUGCAUCCAUGGCGACAAACAGCAGGGAGAGCGCGACUGGGUCCUCCAAGAGUUCAAGAACGGCAAGACGCCCAUCCUGAUUGCUACUGAUGUCGCUGCACGUGGACUUGAUGUCGAUGAUAUCAAGUUUGUGAUCAACUACGACUACCCGAAUAAUUCUGAGGAUUAUGUUCACAGAAUCGGCCGAACUGGGCGCAGGGAUAAGAAGGGAACUGCGUACACGUACUUCACGCCGCAGAAUGCUCCAAAGGCCCGUGAUCUGAUCAAGGUGCUGGAGGAGGCGAAACAACAAGUCCCGGCCGAGUUGUACGAGAUGCAGGGUCGCGGUGGCGGCGGCGGAGGAAGCCGAGGUCGGUACGGCGGUGGAGGAGCUGGCCAGAAGCGCGGCUACGGCGGUGGUGGUGGCUACGGCGGCGGCGGUGGAGGUGAUUACGCCAAACGCGGAAGGUUCGAUGAUCGCGGCUCUGGUGGUCGCUGG